AUGCCGGGAAUACGACCCCAGAUGUUGCUAUCGCGAGCGGCCAGACGCUAUGUGUCAACUUCUCGAGGUCCACGAGGUCCGCGCAGUAUUCUCAACAAGGCACGAACACCAUCCCGAAUCACACCUCGCCCGUCCAGAGCUUCUCCAUUGUCUGCGAAUAGCCGCCACCNNAGUCCCUCACAGCAGCCGAAUCAGCAGAACAAGCCAGAUGAGCAGUCUCAGCAAACACCAGAAGAAACGUCGAAAAAUGCUCUUGUAGCUACAGCUCUCGCCGAAAAUCAGUCCUCGGAUCUUGUUGCACCUGUGACCAUCCCAGACGAUCCAAAUGGUGUGCUUACACCAAGCCAUCCAGCAUGGCAUAUGCUCAACAACAGCUCAUUGGUCAUUCAGCGACAGAUCGAGAUGAUGAAUGUCUUCCUUGGAUUUGAACAAGCCAACAGAUACGUCAUUAUGAAUGGUCGAGGAGAAACAAUCGGAUACAUGGCUGAGCAGGAUCAUGGAAUGGGAAGCAUGCUGGUACGCCAGAUGGCAAAGACUCACCGUAGUUUUACCUGCCACAUCUUCGACAACAGCGAGAGGGAAAUUUUGCGUAUUCAUCGACCUUUCUCUUGGAUUUCGUCACGCAUCCGCAUCUACGACCCUACUACCUCAGGCGAAUACUCCCAAUCGGAUUCUUUACAAGGCACUUCUGUCCAAUCAACCAUCAACCAGACUUCUGCAGCGCAAAUAUCACCUCUUCCCCUCAACGACAUGCGUAUCAUUGGUGAAGCACAACAGCAAUGGGCUCCACUUCGCCGCAAAUACAACCUCUUCAAUUACCGAUCUAUCGCUCCCGCCUCUGACUCAACACCAAAGUUGACCUCUGGAGACGCACCCAAUACCUCGACCAAAGCUCUUGCAGUCACAGAAGGCACCUCCGAACAAGCCAUCGAAGCCGGCAUGCAACAAUUCGCCUACGUCAACGAACCGUUCUUGUCCUGGGACUUUUCUCUCAAAGAUGCAGACGACAACAAGAUUGGCAGUGUAAAUCGUAACUUUGUCGGGUUUGCAAGAGAGAUAUUCACGGAUACUGGUGUUUAUGCUUUGCGCAUGGAUUCUGCUGCGCUAGAGGAAGGGGCUCAAGAACAAAUCGCUAUGACGCUGGAUCAAAGAGCUGUUAUGCUUGCUACGGCUGUCAAUAUUGACUUUGACUACUUCUCGAGGCAUAGUGGGCAUGUUGGUGGUGGUGGCUUUUUCCCUAUGUGGUUCCCUGGCAUGGGUGGCGCCGCCGAGGGAGGCGCAGUAGGUGGAGCAGCAGGGGGUGCUGCUGGCGAGGUUGGUGCCGCAGAAGGUGCUGCAGGAGCCAUGGGCAGGGGUGUUGCUGGAUCUGAAAUGGGUGCGGGAGCAGUGGGAGCUGGCACAAUAGCUGGCGCAGAAGCCAUGAACCGUGGCUUGGGAAACCAACAAUCCGACGACGCAAGCCCUCAAGCCCCUGUUGAUCCCUAUCAAAACGAUGGUAACGUCAAUCCAUCACAAGGAGAUACCUGGGGCGAGCAAAGUCCUUGGGGUGAACAAAAUCCUUGGGCCCAGCAACCACAACAACAAGAUGAUCCUUGGGGCAACCAAGGAGGGUCUGAUGGUGGUGAUAGUGGAGGCGAUGGAUUUGAUUUCGAUGAUUUCUUUUAG